AUGUCAUUUCAUUGGUUUCUACUACUCAAUGCUUCAAUAAAAAAUUUUCAUUUAAAUGAUGAUGAUGAUGAUGAUUCAAAUAUCUUAUCAAUACAUUUUGAUAAUUUGAAAAAUUUAAAUUUUCCAAUAAUUUGGUUAAGAGAUAAUUGUCAAUGUGAUAAAUGUUUUGAUGCGGUUUCUAAUUCGAAAAUUCAUAAACCUUUAAAUUUUACAAAUGAAAUCAUACCUUCAUCCAUUAAUUCUACGAAUGAUUCUGUAACGAUUAUUUGGAAAGAUGAUCAUUUUAGUAAUUUUAAUAAAGAAUGGUUGUGUCGACAUUCAUUUCAUAAAAAACAUCAAAUUGAAAGAUUGAAUGAAGAAUACGUACAACAAAUAUCAUGGGAUUCAAAUGAUUUUAAUAAAUUUCAACCGGAAAUUUCAUUUCGAUUUGAUGAUAUAAUUAAAUACGAUGAUACCUUAUUAAAAUGGUUAGAAACUUUGGCAAAAUUUGGUGUGGGAAAAAUUUCUGGUGUCCCUUUAAAAAAUGGCCAAUUGCAAAAAUUAGCCGAAAGGGUGUCUUUUAUAAGGAAGACAUACUACGGGGAGGAAUUUUUUAUUAAAGGUGAUAAUGAUGCUAAUAAUGUUGCUUAUAAAAAAGGACCCCUACAAAUGCACACGGAUUUACCUUAUUAUCAUUAUGCACCUGGGGUUGUUUUACUCCAUUGUAUAUUACAAAGCACCGAAGGAGGAGAAAAUAUUUUGGUAGAUGGUUUAAAUUUAGUCAAACAAUUACCUAAAUCGUCUUAUGAAGUUUUAACUAAAACAAUUGUUGAUUGGUCGGAUGUUGGAUGCGAAAAUAAAUACGAAUUUUGUACAAAAAAUAGAGCUCCGGUUAUUUGCGUAGAUGAUUUGGGAAAUGUAAAUAGAAUUAAUUGGAGUCAACCUCAGAGAGAUUCUGUUUUUAAUGUCUCCCCAGAAGUUGCUUUGGAAUGGUAUAAAGGAUAUAAAAAAUUUAUGGAAAUGAUUAAUGAUACUAAAAACGCUGUGAUAUUUAAAAACGAAGAAGGUAUAUCAUUCAGUUUUUCCAAAAAAAUAAAACAAUUUUAUUUGUAUUUUGAUUUUUUAAAUGUUUUUUGA